AUGGACAAACACAAAGAAAUCGAAGAAGAUAAUUCUCAGGAAUUCAAAUUAUUUCGAUCGAGACCUGUUACUGCUGGCGGGAUAGAGAAUGGAAUUCGUUUUUUCACUGCUGCUGUGAACGCGCUUGAUAGAAUCGAAGGUUUGUUGUUUGAAAUAGGACAAACAAAAUUGUUAGUUCGUCAGAUGAUAGGAGAGUUCAGUUUAGCUGGAGGAAAGAUACGACUAAAUCCCGGGGAACAAGCGAAUUAUGUCUGCCUUGAAAAGAAUGAUAUACAAGAUAAGGAAGCAAAAAGGUACAAAACGCGAAUUUUUAUUGUUUUCUCUUAAAUGCGCUCGUUCUUGAAGAUGACAGAGGGCAAUGUAACUUUAUUUAUGAGAGGCUGUGAAUUUUUCCUUGCCUUUCUUUGAUGAAGAAACUUUGCAAUAAUUGAAAACUGUAAGCGCUGUUGACUUGCCACUUUUGGUGGAAAUCAUGUUUUACGGUUUCCUUCAACGUUGUAGUUCUUCUUACGCCGGAAUAAUUUAGUAUUGCGAUCUUAAGUGGUGAAUAACUCUGAGUGCAUAUAAACCUUAUACUACAGACCGAGAUUUUUUCUCUUUCCAGAGAGGUUCUCUAUAGUCUGCCUCUUUCAUUUUCCGUUCCAAUUUCUCUUCGUCUUCCCUCCAUGUUUAUUCACAGCAGAUGUCAAAAGCGUUUGAAGCAGAAACACAACAAAACCCUGCUGGAAAUCUGUGAGGAAUUGAAGAACAAGUAA